CAGCCUUUUCUCUAUUUUUUACGCCUGCUGUCUCCGUCGCAUGCGCGCUCCUCGUCGCAGACCUAUCGAGGGCGCGAGCUGCCUUCCCUCCCGUCGGUGUCACCGGACUGAUGGGGAAUCAUCAACAACAACAACACGGCGUUAUUUAUCAACCCGCUGCGCUGCAUCCACGUUCCCAUCCACGUGUGAAGUGGACCGUCGGCUUCUUUUCAUGGCGUCUCCUCAGCAGAACGUCCAUGAGGAAACAGCUGCCGGAGACCACGCUCAUUAUUUAGUUCCGGUGGAGACUGCGGGGGGAUUUCUGCACGAAGCAAUAAAAAAACAAGAUGUUUUUCUUUGAUGCAACAGGGAACUCUCUAGUUGGCCUGGACCAUGAGCAAUGAUUCUACCGUCUGGAACAUCCUACCAGAAAACUCCACAGAGAUCCCGUCGGUGGCCCGGGAGCAGCAGGAUGGCCACGAGCUCCUCCUGGUGAUCCUCUCCGUGCUCCUGGUGGGGUCGUUGAUCUCCCUCGCCGUCUUCCUCCUCGCCUGCCGCCGCUGCUGGCCCGGGGGGAAAUGCUAUGCCAGGGCCAGCGAUGACCCCGAGAAAACCAACAGCCACUACGCGGAGGAGUCCCGGCCCACCCACCAUGAGAUCACCAUCCGGGUGGACGAGUCCGACUGCCUGUCGAUGGCCAGCUGUCACAACCAGGAGACGGAGCGCUUCCUCUCCGCGGGCACCAUGGGCCGCCGCGUCUCCUUCAACGAGGCCGCGCUCUUCGACCACGGCAAGAAGGCCCAGGAGAAGGGUCGCAGGUACACUCUGACCGAGGGCGACUUCCACCACCUGAAGAACGCCCGGCUCACGCACCUCCACGUCGCCCCCCCGGGCCUCAAGAUCGUCACCAUCCACGAGUGCGACUCGGCCGAGAACACCGUCGCCGCGACGACGCGCCCCGCCGCCAAGUCGGCGCUGUCCAUCUUCCAGCCGAGGCUGUGCCCCCUGCCGCAAACGGCGCUGACCGGCCCGCGCGCCAACCCCAGCGGCGCCCUCCCCGGCGACGCCCUCAACUCGGUGUUGGACGCGGGCUUCGGCGAGGACGCGGCGGCGCCGGCCCUCUGCGCCCAGCCGCCGACCGCCGGCCCCAUAGAGGCGAUGGGAGCGGGGCCCCGCGGCGGCGGCGGCAGCAGCGUCAGCGUCGGCGACGGGGCCGCGGCGAGGAGCGGCGCCGCGGGUAGCCAGGGGCCCGUGCUGCAGUUCUUCACCAAGCUGCGGCGCCACGCCAGCCUGGAGGGGGCCAGCCCCUACUUCAAGAUCAAGAAGUGGAAGCUGGACAGCAGCCAGAGGGCCUCCAGUCUGGACACCAGAGGCUCCCCGAAGAGGAGACAGUUCCAGCGGCAGCGAGCCGCCAGCGAGAGCAUGGACCGGGACGACGACAACGACGCGCACCACAUAGACCUCAUCCAGUACUUCGCCCGCACCCAGGAGGACGCCUACUGUCCCGCCGACCCCAAGGCCCGCCUCCUCUCGCCUCCGCCCACGCCGCCCCCCUCCCUCGGCAGGGUAGAGGUAGAGGUCACGGUGGAGCCCAGCUGCGGUCGCGGAGGCCCGGGGGUAAUUGGCCUGUCCCCCGAUCCCCAGGACGAAGCGCCGUCCCCAUCAAGGAGGGAAGGUGCCGACGUCCCCGAUCCCCAGAGCUCCCAGUCCCUCUACAAAGACAUUUGGACCCUCCGCGCCACGCUGGAGCAGCACGCCGCCGCCGACCCGAACUCGGUCUGCAGCGACGCCGAGAGCGUGUCUUCGCAGGGGGGGCGGAGGCAGGCGGAGAGGGGAGAGCUCCCCAGCUACCCGUCCCAGGACCUAGGCGACGAGUCGGAGGGCGGAGAGGACGACGGGGACAUUCCGGUGGACGAGCGGUUAGCGGAGACGAGAACGAGCGAACGGGACGGCACCGGGCCCGAGAGAGGGGGCGGCGACGCGGAGACGGGGAAUCGCAAGUUGAUGCAGAUGGACAGCGGCUACGCGUCGAUAGAGGUGCCGUCCCGCGGCCCCGAAGACCUACGCCUGUUCGGCGGCGGCGGCGGCAGCCCGAAGGACAGAACUGCCAACGAAAAACGCCACCACUUCACCAACGCCGGGCGGACCGGCACCGUCGGCGAGAGCUUCGAGGCCCGCCUCUCCGAGGAGGAGCCGGAGGACGAGUUUCUGUCGGCCGCGGAAACGGGCGCUGCUUCGCCGACCUGGGUCCCGCGCGGUCAGGCCCUCGCCACCCGGGAGGCGGCGCAGCCGUCCCCUCAGCCGGCGGGCCCGCACCGGCGAGACUACAGCAUCGACGAGAAGACGGACGCCCUCUUCCGCGAGUUCCUCCGCCACGACCCCCAGUUCGACCAGCAGCAGGAGUCGCCGCUUCGGCGGCACCGGUCCCGGGUCCACCUCCGCAAGCAGUGGCAGCGCCACAAGCAGUGGAGCGACCCGGGGGUCAGACACUUCCAGUCCUCUUUUGACCGCCUGCGCGCCCCGCUCAGGAGGGGCGACAGCGUGAACUACCCGCUGGACACGAGCUACCACACCACGCUCCCCCGCAUCGUCAGCGCUCCCGACGAGGAGGCUGCGUGCGGGGACGUCGAGGACGACGCCUCCCCUCCGUCGCCGCAGCUCCGCCCUUCCGGCGAGCGGCCUGACCCUCGGCAGGAAGGCGGACAGCGGGCGCCCGACUCCCCGGGCUACGGCCCGCAGACCAUCACGGCGGAGCUCUCGGACAAACUGGCCGCGACCCUCGACGACCGGCUCUACGUGGGCCUUCGCCGGGCCAGGGACGCGGCCGCCGCCGCCGAGUGCGUGGCGGCGGCGGCUGCGGUGGCGGCCGCGCGCGCUUCCCCGGACCACAGCCCAGUGUAGCAGGGCUCCAGUCGUUUACUCUUUUCCCGCUUCGAUUCAUCCGGCCUCGGGUUGUGGGAAUUGUGGGAAGUGUGCUUCAAAUAGCCGUGCAUACAGCUCGUCCAAUAGAAAUGCAGCCCGCCUCUCUCUCCCCCCCCCCCCCCCCCCCCCCGCGUGUCACCGAGCUCCUCAACGUCGCCCUGCUUUGCAUUUUCCAUUGAUGGAGAAAGUAGUCUUUGUAUCAAAAGAACGAUACGCUUUCAGUGAUAAAUGAUUCCUCAUUAACGGUUCCUGUGUGUGUGUGUGUGUGUGUGUGUGUGUGUGUGUGUGUGUGUGUGUGUGUGUGUGUGUGUGUGGUCCGUCUAUCUCUGCCUUCCUAUCUCUGCUCUCCAGUUUGAAUAGCUAGAGCCGAUACGGCCGCGGUGCUUGUUGAGCCACUGUGAAACCAGGUGCUAUCAGACGAGUACGAACCCACCGCUCUGGAAAGCGACCGCGAGUCCUUCCGUCCUGCGUUGAGUGCAAAACGAGUAUUUUUUUCCCCGCUAUUUAUGAGCUACGCAAUUAUUUAAAAUACCCGAAUAGUUAUUAGCAAAGCUUUGUGAGGCAAACCUCAAAGGGACGGACAGUCCACCCCAGAAAGGAAAAGGACUUCUCUCACCUGGUAGCACUGUUUUAUCCCGCUGGAUCGUUUCGUUAUGAGCUGCCGCUCCGCAACUCUCUACAAAACGGGUCGAUAAAUGGCGCCACAAACGUGGGAGCGGAUUCUUGGGGGUGAACUUUCCCGCCAAGUUGUCCGCGCUGGUUGUUUGUCUGGAUCAGUAGUUGCGGAGACUCGAGCUCCAUUUUAGACGUUUUAGCAUGUGCUUACAGCGGGGGGGGGGCGGGGCAUUACCUAAUAAUGAACGUCUCGAGUUUAACAUGUUUUUAGAGGGGUUUCUUUUUUAAUUCAGAGAAUGUUGCCUCAACAGUGACCGUUGUUGUCUUCACACUGGACACAUAUUUAAUUUUCAAAGAACAAAAUGUGUAUAUCUCUUAAGCUUGUGGUCCUCACAGACCUUAUUUCAAAGAUGUUGUUUUAUCUUGAGGCCAAGGGAACGGCACAAAGUGUGGAAAAUCUUGACCUAAUUUGGGGUUUUAUGACUAUUAUUGACUAGUAUUUAAGGGACCACAUGCCAAAGAGGUGGUUGAGAGAGUUGGGACGUGACUAAUGCAGUUAGCAAAAGUCAGAAAAGUAAGUAUAAUAUGAGUAUGAAGGACGAUAUGCUUUGAUUGUCCUUAUUUAGUGAUUGAAUGUUUUUUUAUUAUUAUUGUUUACUUGAAAAGAAUUUGUUCCUUUUUUAUAUAUUUGCACGUCUGCAUUGCUUCAAUGACAAUGAAACCCGAGAGCGGGUUGGAAGAGGACGGGUUCAGAACUAACAUAACACACGGCUCUUGGUACUCUGGGCAUCGCCGGCGUUCACCUUUGACCCGACAAACAAACAAACAAAUAAACAAACGCACCCACGAGGCGGUCAAUUACGUUAAAGCUCCGAGACGAGAAGACGUUUGGUGUUCAUUGGAUUUAUAAGAGAGGCGAGCUUUCUCGUGCACGAGGGCUCUGGGAACAGGCUUUAUUUGUUCGCACCCGACGUCCUCCUCUUCGUCUCCUCUUCGUCUCUCCGGAGGAGGCCGACCCGGCGGCGGUAGAUGCCUCCCUCGGGGGGCCCCGCGCUGCUUCCGGGACGGUUUACAAAACAAAGACGCCGUUUGUAGUGAAGCCGUCGUAGCGGUGAAAAUACGCCACGCAAGCAAGAAACACAUCGCACUGCUCACAAAUCUGUGCUUUGGCGUCGGCAGCAGGUCGAUACUCAGAGGGGCUGUUGGGCUCUCUGUCACGUGACGUGAGGGGAACCACCGCACGAGAGGGUGUUGAAUAUUAAUCGUACCGAGACGGGGCCUUAAACCCCCCCCUCGUCUUUGUCUGAGAUAAGAUCUCUCUCUCUCUGCCGCGUACCACGAGUCUCCUCUCGGGGUAUAAGUGCAAACGCCGCUUUCCCAAUUAGGAGAGCAAUGACAUGGGAGGAAAGGCAGUGCACUCAAAAUAAGACAGAAGAGGGAUGGAAGCGCUAUAUAUAUAUAUAUAUAUAUAUAUAUAUACAUAUAUAAUAUAUAUAUAUAUAUGAGAUAUUUUUUGGUUACUUUGGUACAAUAAUCCACCGUGAAGAAACCAUUUUGUUCUCUCGAACAACGUUGUUUUUAAUGACGGCGAUACUCAGCAGAACGGAAAUGAAACCCUCCCCCCCCUCUCGCCGUUAUAAUGGAACCGCUGCGUCCCCGGUGAUGCUAAUUACUCGCAGGGGCAAAUGCUGACAGAGCUCGGAGAGGAGGGAAGACGUUCCGCCUCAGGCCCGAACGCCACGGACGCCUGAGUCGGCGGCAAAAUGGCCACAAAAAACCGGUGUACAGAGAUCUGAACGUGGCUGUGCACACAAGCACAACGUGACAAAAAGGCUAGACUAAGUGGACGUCCUCUUUUAGGUUUUAGACAGACGCUGUAUAACUGGGGACACUGUGGUAAGACGGUGGUGUUUGCGGGAAACCACCCAGUAGCCUGUCCCAGCGCGUUGAUGCAUAGCUGUUUGUAGGUCUGCAUGAGAGUCAACACUUUCAGUACGAAUCUUCAUGUGUUCUCCCGAGCCGCCGUACGAAACGACGCAUGGUGACGCUCACUCUGUUAGAGGCAGAAGCAUCGGUACGACUAGAGGUUUUGUACUGCUAGAAUGCUGUGAUGAGAUUUUGUGAGAUUUAACCCUUUUUAAAAGUGGAAGUAUUUCUGUAUUCCUUGCUUGUUAGUAAACCGCUUAAUUUGUCAAAGAAAAAAGAAAAAAAGACAUUCUUUCCUUACGACUUUGCUUUUGUUGAACCAAAUCAAUCGAGCCUUGGGGGACCAAAUUAUCAAAACGAGAAGAAAAAAAAAAGUGUUAUUUUAGGGUUGUUCAUCAAUCUGUGAAUAAAUGAAUGAAUCAAACUGUU